AUUCAUUCAUCAAAUCAUGUACAUGAAAUAGGGUAGUAGGCAAUAUUUGUAAAAAUAAAUCAGAAUGUCAUUGCCAACUACGGGGAAUGGUUUGUCAUCUUCCCAAUCCAGCGCACCGGCAAUGUUUACCCAGAGUAACCAACGUGUCUUACAACCUCCUGCUUUAUCUAUUAUGGGGUUCAGGGGGAUGCCCCCAAUGCCCCACCACCCCCAAUUCGUCAUGAACUCACAAGGAGGAAUGAUCCAGUUACCCCAUGGGUUAAUGGUCCCCGGUUCUGAGGCCCCUACUGUUCCAACAUCAAAUCCAGCCAUGGCGUCCCGAUUUUCAGCAGAUAGAUUGCCGGUAGGUGGAAUCAAUGGUUCUAUUUCACCCCAACAGAUUCCAGACAGCAGUUCAGGAAGUCAAGCUGGUGGGAACCCAAUGUCUUUUGGAAACAUAACUGUCAAACAAGAAAUGGGUCAAGGGUCUAUGGUUCCACUCCAGUACCCACAACUUUCAUCAACAGAAAACAUGGGAACAAAUAUGUUUUCUGUGUCCAGUAGUGGAGUUCCAUUGUCAAAACAUAUCUGUGCAGUGUGUGGAGAUCGCGCAUCUGGGAAGCAUUAUGGAGUAUAUAGCUGUGAAGGGUGCAAAGGAUUUUUUAAAAGAACUGUUCGAAAGUAUUUGACGUACACUUGUAGAGAUGACAAGGAUUGUAUUAUUGAUAAGCGGCAAAGAAACCGCUGUCAGUAUUGUAGAUACCAGAAGUGUAUAACGAUGGGCAUGAAAAAAGAAGCGGUUUCCUCUUCCCCAGCUGUCCAGGAGGAACGACAGAAGAAUCGUGAGCAAGAUGAGUGUCAUGGUGAUGGAGGACAUGAUGACAUGCCUGUAGAUAAAAUACUUCAAGCAGAAUUGGCAUCAGAUCCAAAAAUGGAGGAACUAAUAAACAUGCAGGAGCCGAUAGACACAAGCGUGUGCAAAGCCGCUGAUCAUCAACUGUUUACAUUGGUAGAGUGGGCCAAGCGAGUGCCUAUGUUUGGUACAUUGCCAUUGGAUGACCAGGUCACGCUACUGAGAGCAGGAUGGAAUGAACUUCUGAUCGCUUCAUUCAGUCAUCGGAGCAUCGAGAUCCCUGAUGGCAUCAUCCUUGCUUCCGGACUCCGAGUUUAUCGGCAGAGUGCUCACUCUGCGGGGGUGGGAGCAAUAUUUGAUCGAGUUUUGACGGAAUUAAUUGCUAAGAUGAGAGACAUGUCAAUGGAUAGAACGGAGCUUGGAUGUCUUAGAGCGAUUGUUCUGUUUAACCCAGAUGCAAAAGACUUGACAGAUCCAGCUUACAUUGAAACAUUAAGAGAAAAGGUUUAUGCAUCGCUGGAGGUUUAUUGCAAAUCUAAAUAUCCUGACCAAGCUGGAAGAUUUGCAAAGCUUCUUCUUCGACUCCCAGCCCUGCGCUCUAUCGGCCUCAAGUGUCUUGAGCAUCUUUUCUUUUUCAAGUUGAUCGGCAACACUCCAAUUGAUCAGUUCCUCAUGGAUAAGCUGGCUCCCCAUGACACGGAAGCUACAAGCUCCCCAUCCACACAAGCCACACAGAACAAUGACAUUAACCUCGCUGGCGUCGCCAACCUGUGAUGUCACCACUGAUGAUGUCAUCAAUUGUGACGUCACGGUCGACGCAGGGAAAAAGCUCGUGGUCGAUGUAAAUAUGGAACAAUGCGACUUUCUGGCAUAGAUUGUGUCGUCAUAAGCACGGGAGACGUCACAGGUUAUGAAAGUUCAAUUUCAUAAAGUUUCGUGUAUUACUACGUCAUCAGACGUUUGUUACGUCACAGCUGCUUCGGGUGCAAUCAUGCGUGUGGAGAGUUUUAUUCUUAAGUGCCUGCUUACGUCAUCACAUGUUUAACCCUUGACCCAGUAAAGAGAUUUUCUGUAAAACGAAAAUAAACAACCUUUCCAUCCUUUUUAAUUUGGGUUUGAAACUUUUGCUUCGGUUGUACAGAGCUUCUGCAAUAUACGCGUUCGUAUUUAUUUCCAUCUCCGUGGCGACCUCUACCGGCCAACAUACGUCGGAUAUUAUUUUCAACGAUUGAACGGUUUUAUUAUUACGUCACAAUAAAAAAUUUGACAGAUGUUA